CACAUCAUCUUAAAAUAACAUCCGCUAUGCUGCGGUAUUAUCCUCUUACAUUCGAGGGCGUUCUUGUCAUGGUCUUAUCCUGUCUGCACUAAUGUAAAUCCAGUCUCCAACCAUUAGAAGCUCACCAGCAAGCAGUUGACUAACCAUUAGCCGGAGUAAACGUCAACGUCAACGCCAACGUCUACACCACUCGAUGGAUUGAGGUACGAUUUUAAAAUAAAUGAACCAACGGCGGGCCACAACCACGAGUCGCUCCUCGUUCAGUCCUUUGCUGUGGACUUCUCCGACGGGCCGCGGUCUCCUCCCCUGCCCUGACGCAACGCUAGGCUCCCAAUCCAAUCCGAUUCCCAAAUCCAACUAUAUAACGCCGCUUCUGCGAUCCCAGUUCCCAUCAAUUUACGCUCUAGUUAUUUCUCAAAGUGGUUUUUUAAUGGACAGUGAGCUCAUUCCGGGGCUUCCCGACGAGAUAGCGCGGGAGUGCCUCAUCCGCGUCCCUUUCCAUGCUUUUCCGGCACUCGGUUCUGUCUGCCGCCACUGGCAGUUCGAGCUCCGCUCCCCCCUCUUCCACCGGCUGAGGCAUGCCGCCGGCUUCGCCCGGUCGGUCGUCGCCGUCGCCCAGGCCGAGCCGCCGCUCGCGCGGGCUGCCUCUGGCCCCGCCUCCAAGUACGCGGCCUCCGGCGCUACCUACCGCCUUGUACUCUUCGACCCCUGCUCCGGCGCGUGGAGGCACCUCCCACCCAUCCCAUCCCUUCCCCGCGGCCUUCCCCUGUUCUGCCAAAUCGCCUCCGUGGGACGGGAGCUGGUGGUGCUCGGCGGGUGGGACCCUGAAACGUGGGCUGCCUCCGGUGGCGUCCACGUCUACGACUUUGCGAUCGGUUCGUGGCGAGAAGGUGCGCCGAUGCCUAGUCCGAGGAGGUCCUUCUUUGCCUGCGCCGCAUCGGCGGAGCUCCGGACGGUGUUCGUCGCCGGCGGACAUGACGAGGAGAAGAACGCGCUGCGGUCGGCGAUGACGUACGACGUUGUGGCGGACGCGUGGACGCAUAUGCCGGAUAUGGCGCAGGAGCGGGACGAGUGCCGGGGGGUCUUCAUGCGAGGCGGUGGCGUCUUCCUCGUUCUCGGAGGCUACCCGACGGAGGCGCAAGGAUGUUUCUCGCGGAGCCUGGAAGCGUUCGACGUCGGCGCCUGGCGUUGGGGCGCUGUGGAGGACGGCAAGUUGGAAGCGAGAGUGUGCCCGCGGGCAUGUGCGAUGGGCGACGACGGGCAUCUGUAUGCGUGUCAACCCGAAGGGGACGUGACGGUGGCGGCGGGGCUGACGCAGGAGAGCGGCUGCGCCUGGCGAAAGGUGGCAGAGGUGCCAGAGGACGUGCGGAUGGCGCCGCAUCUGGUGGCGUGGGACGAAAGCCUGAUAGUCAUGGGGUCGGAUAAGCACGGCGGAACCCACGCAGUGUACGUUGCGGAGACGAGAGAGGGGGCGAAGGUGGCGACGCCGUGGAGGAGGGUGGCGGUGCCGGAUGAGUACGCCGGCCACGUACAGGCCAGCUGUUGCCUGAAGCUUUAGAAGAAAAGUGACCUUUUUUUUUUUUUGAUGAAACCAAGCAGAUUUGCGUGUUCAAGUUUUACUCUGUUUUUCUUGUGUGUGUAAAAAUAUCUAUAUAUAAAAAGGGAAAUAUA